AAUAUCUAUUUUUUCAUGAUACUUUCGUAAUAAAUAAUAAUUAUUCGGGGUUUUAUACUAGCAACCCGCCUUCCUUUUUUUAUUUGUUAUGAAAACUGUACCCUUUUAAUAUCGGAUUAUGUUAAAUCCCAAGGAAGAAAAAAUGUCAGCUCUUGUGAAUCAAAUUUCUUCUUUUUUAAAUAAUAUUAAGACAUCUUGCGAUUUUGAUCCGAAGGCCUUUGCUACAUCCAGCUUUAAUGCAAAUUUGAGGGAGACUUUGCCUGUAGACACCGACCUUAACGAAAGUAAAUCUGUCUCUACUUUGUCCAAAGAAGAAAAAGAAAUAGUACGGGAAGUACGACGAUUAGAGAGACUUCAAAAAGAAGAGGAUAGGCGCCUUAACAAAGAAAAACGCGAGGCUGAACGCUUUCUAAGGCUUGAAGAAAAGAGAUUAAAGAUAGAAGAGAAACGACUGCAACGCGAAUGCAUUCAAGAGGAGCGUCGACAAAAAAAGAGACGUGAAGAAGAGAGACGGCUACAAAAAGUGAAGCAGGAGGAGGAGAAAAAAGCUUACAAGCAGAAGAUAGAAGAAGAAAAAGAACGAGAGCGACAAGAAAGAGAAAAGGAAGUUACUCAGUUAAAAAAACAUAAGGAAAAGCAACAGCAAGCUUUUAAGGAGUUUUUUGGGCCUAUCCCUGCUUUGUGCAACAGAGAAGAGGCUAGAGUUCCGGCUAGAACCCCUCUGACUCCGUUCGAGGAGUACUGCCCGGCAUGGAUCCCUUUAAAAAAUUACACUUUAGCCUCUGCUCAGCGGAGAGAAAUUUCGCCGGACUUGAUCAAGAUGGUGGAUGCUGCAUUGGAAGCCCCACCCGACACGUGGCCUGCGAUGGUGUUGCGGAGUUUACUGAAGGAGAGGCGGCCCUGCUUUUCUUGGAAGCUGAGAUGCAGCGAGAUUGCAAGGACAAGGAAGUAUCUGAUCUUCCACGAGAGUCUGAGGCCGGCUUGUAACGGGCCCCUGCAACUGCGAAGCUUGACGAUUGGCCCGCGGCGGCCAUUCCGCAGAGACGAUGCCGUUCGGGACUACGACUGCGACAGCGAAGAGGACUGGGAGUAUGGCGACUUGGAGGCGGUCACUUCCGGGGAAGACGAUGAGGAGGACGAGAAAGAAGCAGACGAGGCAGACGAGUUCAACGGGUUUGUAGUGCCGCACGGCUAUUUGUCGGAGGACGAGAAAAGCGGUUCAGGAUUGGACGAGCCUCAUGCAAACGAACAAGACUUAGAAAAGACGGGUGGGUGCAUACGCGGAGCCCCGCUGGUGUUUGGCUGUGUUUGGGAUAUCAGCCUCCUUGACGGCCCUGCAGCUGCUCUCGCGGCGUCGUGCGCCGUAGUACCUUUUGAGCAGACACCUAUUCGCCUAACGGGAGGAGACAUUGGAUUGGAGGACGGCUUAAAAAAGAAGAAGCGAUUGGCUGCUCUGGAGGGGCCGCCUUUACAGGAACUUGCGCGUAUCAUUCACGGCAGCGGCGAGGCUAAAAAAGCGCUCGUGGAAAGAUUUCUGCAGGAACAAGUGCAUCUCUCUAAAGGGACCGUUUUGAAAGCCAUAAAGGAUAUCGCCACGCACAAAUUUGGACUCUGGCAAGUCAAGGAUGAACUGUUAGACGCUUUUAACCUUCAGUCGCUGUCCCCGCCCAAAUUUGCCUUACCGGUUAAUCUGUCGGUCUCCCCGUGCACCUCCGCCACGCCGAAACGAAAGCAUUCGCACGUCUCAAACCACGUGACGUCUUCUUUCAAGAGACCUCGUGGUAUUGAGGAGGAUGGCUUGCGGAAACGUUCUUUGAAGGGAUUAACGUUGGAAAGCUUUUUUCGGCCGCUUCAGAGUAAAGAAGAGGACUCCAGCGACGCUGAGAUGCUUUUAGAGACGGAAACGGGUGCACAUCUCUUAAACAAUUGCCACGUAAAUUCAGCUUCUUAAGAAAAAACGCUCUUGUAAACGCGGACUAUUAAGGAGUUUCGUUACAAUUUUCCUGUAGAUACUUUUUCCUACGAGAGCUGGUCCGCCACUCAGUGUUUAAGGGCGAUAUAUACUUAACCAAAAUUAAAGCGUCUGUUGGCUA